CUUGCGACCCCACCAUCUCUGCUGCGAAAAGUCGUGCCGUCUUUCUGUCCGCUGUUUGCCGUCGCGCGAAUAGACGCCUGAAUGUACGCUUCCCCGAGGAUGGCCGCGAUGCUGUCCAACUGUUCGCGGUUCGCGCCUCGUAUGAUCACGCGGGGUAAUGUGUUACGGGCCAAGGUCGCGAGAUCGUUAUAUAGUCAAGGGCGUCCUGUAAUAAUCUAUGCCGAACAUGUGCCCAAUGCUAAAACUCCAUUAUGUAGGAAAUAUAAGGCAAAUUAUUAUUGGAUAAAUCAAGCGAGACAUAUACAUUCAACUUCAUCACUAUGGGAGAUCAAGGAAGUUGUAGUCCCUGCAUUUGCGGAAAGUGUAAGCGAGGGCGAUGUGAGGUGGGAGAGGAAAGUCGGCGACCAAGUUAAGGAAGAUGAUGUUCUUUGUGAGAUUGAAACCGAUAAAACUUCGGUUCCUGUCCCCUCGCCCGGACCUGGCGUUAUUAAGGAGAUUUUCGCUCAGGAUGGAGACACGGUGAAGCCAGGACAAAAAUUAUGCACCAUCGAUAUCGGUGCGACCGGCGGAGCUGCGGCCGCACCUGCGGCGGAAAAACCGAAACCUGCUGCUGCGGCCGCGCCGCCUCCUCCACCGCCUCCGCCACCGCCGCCAUCUGAUAGUGCAGCGACUCCUGCACCGCCGCCACCAAAACCCGCGGCGCCUAUUCCGCCUCCCGCUGCACGGCCACCACCGCCGCAAAAGCCCACUGCAUCGAUGCCGGUUGCAGCUAUCAAACACGCGCAGUCGCUGGAAGGCGCAAAGGUUCAACUACCUCCCGCCGAUUACACACGUGAGAUUAUCGGCACCAGGACGGAGCAGCGAGUAAAGAUGAACAGGAUGCGUCUGCGUAUCGCGGAACGUUUGAAGGACGCACAGAACACGAAUGCUAUGUUAACUACGUUCAACGAAAUCGAUAUGAGUCGCAUUAUUGAGUUCCGAAAAACACAUCAAGAAGCAUUCACGAAAAAGUACGGUCUGAAAUUCGGGUUCAUGAGUCCGUUUGUCGUGGCCAGCGCGUACGCGCUGAAGGACCAACCCGUGGUGAACGCCGUGAUAGAUGGCACCGAUAUAGUAUACAGAGAUUACGUAGAUAUUAGCGUGGCGGUUGCGACGCCGAAGGGACUUGUCGUGCCGGUGCUUCGCAGCGUGGAGAAUAAGAACUUCGCCGAAAUUGAGAUCGCUCUUGCAGCUCUGGGCGAUAAGGCCAGAAAAGGGAAGAUCUCCGUCGAGGACAUGGACGGCGGCACGUUCACGAUAAGCAACGGCGGCGUUUUCGGCUCGCUUUUGGGAACUCCUAUCAUUAAUCCGCCGCAGAGCGCGAUUCUCGGUAUGCACGGUGUCUUCGACAGACCGAUCGCCGUUAAGGGAGAGGUUGUCAUUCGACCAAUGAUGUACGUAGCUCUGACGUACGAUCACCGGCUGAUUGACGGACGUGAGGCUGUGAUGUUCCUGAGGAAGAUCAAAGAUGCCGUAGAGGAUCCUAGAAUUAUAUUGGCUGGCCUUUAAUAACUUAAAACAAGUGUGUUAAUGACUUCUACUUAAAUCACCAAGAUAAACAAGAGCGCGCGACACGAGAGUCUGGAUAGUCUCGUCAGAGAGUCUUCCCGCUUCGGAAACUUCUUUUCAUUGGAACAUUAAGAAACCUGUCAAUAUUUUGUCCGUUAAUUUUGAAUCGCAUAUGGAAUGACUCGGCGAGUGCGAUUACGAAUGACGAUAAGCACGCGAGCUAGUCUCGUUUGUAAUUUUGAAUUUUCACAGUAAUUUUGUGAAGCAACGCAUAAAAUAUAAUGAGUCACUUUGACUUUGUAACGCUAGUCUGUUAUUGGAUGACAUAAUUUUUGUUAUCGGACCUUCGAACGCGAUAGUCAAAUAGCGAUUACGUAAUCGAUUGUUACGUUUUACGCGCGAAGCGUCGCGACGUGUCCACGAACUCUUGUAUUUUUACCCCCUUCGUGCGCGCCAAACCGACUUGGAUCGAUGGAGGGGACAGCGCAAAGAGGCGGAGGUCAAGGAAGCUAGAAAAUACUUCAUUAGAUGUACAUUAAAUCCACAAGCUAAAAUAAAACCUCACUAAUUUACGUGUUUCAGCAUUGUUGAAUUGUGAUCACAGCGGCCAUAGGGGAUACUUAACGCGCGAUUUGAUAGAUCUUUAAAUAGAAAAACAAUGUUAUGUUUGCACUUGUACUGAGCAUUUUAAAAUCCAUUUAACGAAAGUUUUUGCACUCGAAAGAAAACAGGAUAUUCGUUAUUUGCGAUCUUGUAAAUCAAAAUUGUUUCUGAAUAAAAACGUGAAUCAA